AUGGCCGCCUCCCUCGAAGACCUCCGCAACGAGAGCAUCGAUCUCGAGGCGAUCCCGAUCGCGGAGGUGUUCCAGGUGCUCAAGUGCAAGCCGCACGGGCUCACCUCCGAUGAGGCCGCCAGCCGCCUCCAGGCAUUCGGCCCCAACAAACUCGAGGAGAAGAAGGAGAGCAAGUUCCUCAAGUUUUUAGGGUUUAUGUGGAACCCUCUGUCGUGGGUCAUGGAGGCGGCGGCGAUCAUGGCCAUCGUCCUCGCCAACGGCGGCGGCAAGCCCCCCGACUGGCAGGACUUCAUGGGCAUCGUCACCCUGCUCAUCAUCAACUCCACCAUCAGCUUCAUCGAGGAGAACAACGCCGGCAACGCGGCGGCGGCGCUGAUGGCCAGCCUGGCGCCGCAGACCAAGGUGCUCCGGGACGGCAAGUGGGCGGAGCAGGACGCGGCGAUCCUGGUGCCGGGGGACAUCAUCAGCAUCAAGCUGGGCGACAUCAUCCCGGCGGACGCGCGGCUGAUGGAGGGCGACCCGCUCAAGAUCGACCAGUCGGCGCUCACCGGCGAGUCCCUCCCCGUCAACAAGCUCCCCGGCGACAGUGUGUACUCCGGCUCCACGUGCAAGCAGGGCGAGAUAGAGGCCGUCGUCAUCGCCACCGGCGUCCACACCUUCUUCGGCAAGGCCGCGCAUCUCGUCGACAGCACCAACAACGUCGGCCACUUCCAAAAGGUUCUGACUGCAAUCGGCAACUUCUGCAUCGUGUCCAUCGCCAUCGGCAUGCUGGUGGAGAUCGUCGUCAUGUACCCGAUCCAGCACCGCCGGUACCGCGACGGCAUCGACAACCUCCUCGUGCUCCUCAUCGGCGGCAUCCCCAUCGCCAUGCCCACCGUGCUCUCCGUCACCAUGGCCAUCGGCUCCCACAAGCUGUCGCAGCAGGGCGCCAUCACCAAGCGGAUGACGGCCAUCGAGGAAAUGGCCGGCAUGGACGUGCUCUGCAGCGACAAGACGGGCACACUCACGCUCAACAAGCUCACCGUCGACAAGAACAUGAUCGAGCCCUUCGUCAAGGACGUCGACAAGGACGGCGUGGUUCUCUAUGCCGCCCGAGCGUCGAGGACGGAGAACCAGGACGCCAUCGACGCAUCCAUUGUCGGCAUGCUCGCCGACCCCAAGGAGGCCCGAGCUGGCAUUCAGGAGGUGCACUUCAUGCCAUUCAACCCCGUCGACAAGCGUACAGCCAUCACCUACGUUGACUCCGACGGAACGUGGCACCGGGUUAGCAAGGGCGCCCCGGAGCAGAUCAUCGAUCUGUGCGGGCUGCGCGAGGACGUGCGGCGGCGGGUGCACGGCAUCAUCGGCAAGUUCGCCGACCGCGGGCUGCGGUCGCUGGCGGUGGCUCGGCAGAGCGUGCCAGAGCGGACCAAGGAGGCCAAGGGCGCACCGUGGCAGUUCCUCGCAGUGCUGCCGCUGUUUGACCCGCCGCGGCACGACAGCGCAGAGACCAUCCGCCGCGCGCUGCACCUGGGCGUGAACGUGAAGAUGAUCACCGGCGACCAGCUGGCCAUCGGCAAGGAGACGGGCCGCCGGCUGGGCAUGGGCACCAACAUGUACCCGUCAAGCUCCCUCCUCAAGGAUGGCGACAGCUGCGGGCUGCCCGUCGACGAGCUGAUCGAGAAGGCGGACGGGUUCGCCGGCGUGUUCCCGGAGCACAAGUACGAGAUCGUGCGGCGGCUGCAGGAGAUGAAGCACAUCUGCGGGAUGACGGGCGACGGCGUGAACGACGCGCCGGCGCUCAAGAAGGCGGACAUCGGCAUCGCCGUGGCCGACGCCACGGACGCGGCCCGGAGCGCGUCGGACAUCGUGCUGACGGAGCCCGGGCUGAGCGUGAUCAUCAGCGCCGUGCUCACCAGCCGCGCCAUAUUCCAGCGGAUGAAGAACUACACCAUCUACGCCGUGUCCAUCACCAUCCGGGUAGUCCUUGGCUUCCUCCUGCUGGCGCUCAUCUGGAAGUUCGACUUCGCGCCCUUCAUGGUGCUCAUCAUCGCCAUCCUCAACGACGGCACCAUCAUGACCAUCUCCAAGGACCGCGUCGUGCCGUCGCCCACCCCCGACUCGUGGCGCCUCAAGGAGAUCUUCGCCACCGGCAUUGUCCUCGGCACCUACCAGGCCAGCGCCACCGUGAUCUUCUUCUGGGCCGUCCACUCCACCGACUUCUUCACGAAUAAACUCCACGUGCACCCCAUCGGCGGCAACACGGAGGAGCUGAUGGCGGCGGUGUACCUGCAGGUGAGCAUCAUCAGCCAGGCGCUCAUCUUCGUGACGCGGUCGCGGGGGUGGUCGUUCAGGGAGCGGCCGGGGGCGCUGCUCUUGGGCGCGUUCCUGCUGGCGCAGAUGGUGGCGACGCUGAUCGCGGUGUACGCCGACUGGCCGUUCGCCAAGAUGAAGGGGGUAGGGUGGGGGUGGGCGGGCGCCAUCUGGCUCUUCACCAUCGUCACCUACUUCCCGCUCGACGUGCUCAAGUUCGCCAUCCGCUACUUCCUCUCCGGCAGGGGGUGGAGCAACGUGUUCGACGGCAAGACGGCCUUCGCGCAGGGGGUGGACUACGGCACGGACAAGCGCAAGGCGGAGUGGGCCGUGGCGCAGAGGUCGCUCCACGGCCUGCACACGUCCGGCGGCGGCGAGGCUUCCUCCUCCGGCGUGCUCGGUGGCGGGGACGACAAGAACGACAUCUCGGAGAUCGCCGAGCAGGCCAAGCGGCGCGCCGAGAUCGCAAGGCUGCGGGAGCUGCACACGCUCAAGGGGCACGUCGACUCGGUGGUGAAGCUCAAGGGGCUCGACAUCGAGAACAUCAACCACAACUACACCGUCUGAUCCGUCAGUCGACACCAUCAGCACAAGCCUCGAAAUGUCUUCUUUGGUUAGCUAUGUAGUCAGGAACUCAGGAUACUGCCACUCCCCUUUUUCAGCAGCAGAUUAAAUUAGUGAGGCGAUGAUGAUGAUGAAUAAUCAUGUUAGCAUUGGUGAACUAGCUAGUCCCCUUUUCUUGUGCGGAGAUAAUUGUAGGAUUGUUGGAUGUUGUAGAAUAAAAUUGUU